GUCAGGACACGGAAGAAAACAGCCCGACUGGUGAUCACGUUUCUCUUGUCCGUUGAAUUUCUGUAUUUGAAAAUCCUUUAGCAGCCGAACGCGUCCUCUCCACCAGGCAGACACAGAUGUCUGCUCCUCCUGAUGAAGGUUUGGUCGAGCUAUGGACAAGUGAGCAGGCCCGUCUGAGACAGCAGCUGGUGGAGGAGGACACAGAGGACUGGCAGAGGAGCCCCUUGUUCUCGGGCCUGGAGAGAGUCGGUGGAGUGGACCUCUCUUUCAUCAAAGGGGAUGACGUCAAUGCCUGUGCCCAGCUCGUGGUACUGAGCUAUCCUGACCUGGAGCUGCUGUAUGAGAACAGUCAGAUGGUGACCCUGACGGCCCCCUACAUAGCUGGCUUCCUCGCCUUCAGAGAGACCCCCUUCCUCUUUGAGGCUCUGCAGCGGCUAGAGAAGAACGAUCCCAAACUUAUGCCUCAGGUGGUUUUUGUGGAUGGGAAUGGUCUCUUCCACUACAGAGAGUUCGGCCUGGCGUGUCACCUUGGAGUGCUGUCAGGGCUGCCCUGUGUGGGUGUAGCCAAGAACCUGCUACAGGUGCAGGGUGUGCACAAGAGUGAAGAGCAUCAGUCACAGAUAGCUGCUCUGCAGAAAGGAGGAGACAGCUUCCCACUCACAGCCACCUCAGGCAAAGUGCUCGGAAAGGCACUGCGUAGUUCUGACAAGAGCUCAAAGCCGGUGUAUGUGUCCGUCGGCCACAAGAUCAGUCUGGACACAGCUGUACGCCUCACACACUCCUGCUGCCGCUACCGUGUCCCAGAGCCUAUCAGACAGGCUGACUGUCGCUCCAGAGAAUACCUUCGCAUACACUUCCCUGCUGCAGAUACAUGAAUCAAACAACAAGCAGGGACAUCAGAGGUCACAGAGGAACACUCAGCUGGUUGGAAGUCUUUGUUUUGCUUUAAGAUGGAAACUUAAACUCAGGCUUCCUGUUUCAGUGACUGUACACAACUCUAUUCUGCUGCAGCAGCGGGGGAAAGUUUAAGAGUUUAAGAGGCUUUGACAGUUUUUCUCUGCAUUUUUGGAAGGGUGUGGACGGGGCAGAGGUGAGCUAGGGAUGCUUGAGGUUAAGCAUAGACACACAAGCAGAGAGAGAGAGGGAAUGAUGAGGAGAGAAAAAAACCUUUGAUCCUGUGAUUCUCAUCUGAAAUAACAGGCGGCACCGCUCACUUCGACCCUACCUCCCUCAUUACCGAUCAAAGCCACGGACCGUUAGCACACUCAGAUGCUUCGAAGACUCAACCAUCAUUCGCUGUCACUCUCACAAACUAAAGUAGUUUCAAACGUGCACCGAAUCUAAAAUUCGGGAGCGAAGUGCAGCCGCUUGUGUGAGCUCACCUAUACAGGUUCGCUCACAGUGGCUCACACGCAGGCAUACGAGGGUGUGUGCAUUCUCACAUCCCUCAGCAUUCCCCACUGGGAAACAUAAUGGGAUGUCCGUGUUCAUCCACUCAGAAGCUCCCUGACGUGGUGAAUCCUCUGAGCGCGCUCCGCUCUUUGAUCAGCCUCUCUACAAAGAGACUGAGACAGGGAGAGAGGCUUUGUGCUGAGUAUGCAGGGCUAUAGCAGGUUCCUCUAGGCCUUAACCCAGCUUUACCCUUUCACUCACUCAACAGGCCGCAGGCACGUUUGAUCAGAUGCACUCUAGCUGGUGAGCUAUACGCUGCAGGCACAUGAUCUCAUAGGUUAGUUAUAGCAGGACUAGAAUUUGUAUCCAUGCAUCAUCAUCACCAAGACAGUUUGCUGAAUAUUUGAUGGAUACAUGACUUAUGAGAUAUGUCUGCAAGACCACAUUUGCAUGCAAUUUGUAUCUGGGCACAUUAUCUUGAUGAUGACAUUGUUCAUGGGCCUUGGGUUUAAUGUGAAAGGUGUUGCUACUUACUCACCAAGAGUUAUCAAUGUGACUUUCAGCACAUUGUUUUGGUUUUUCAGUGCAUAACUUUACAGUUUUGGGUCAGUGUCACUGCUCUCAUCAGUGUUUUUCCAGUGGUUUUCAGCAGAAAAGCUGUGAUAGACCCACUGUGUACUACAUGCCCAGCACCAAACUGUAGACAAAGUUAGUGACUAGAUGAGAAACAUAGCAUCAGGUAGCUUAAGAUCACAUGGUAAUGCCAGGUGUAAAGGAGAUCUUAGAAAAACUACGUCACAGAUUUUAGUAAAAGAAAGUCGAGAAGUUGGGUCUUGGAGUGGAGAUGAUCUCAUCUCGUUUUUUUCAACAAGUCCUCCAAAUUAAACAACAAAAUAUGUCAUUGGUCUCUGUACUCCAGAACAACAUGUAGAAGUGUUUUCUGAUCAGAUGUAUUAUUUGUAAUGUGCUUUCCAAAUGGGAAAGGAACAGCAAUCCCCCUUGUAAAAGUCUGAUGUUUUCUGGAUUCCUUCAAGAUCAGACUUUCCACAAAAGUCUAUCCCAUUUCAGCCUAAACAGUUCUCAGUUCCCUACAUUUUUUCACCACUUCUCUCACAAAUUUCAUCCAGUCUUGACCAAAUUUAGUACAUAAAAUAUUUGAAUGAGACUGAAGAAAGCCAUGUUGAUCUAUAACAGACUGCCAAGUCUCAUUUUCCCAGCUUUCUAACAUUUGUAGCUACACCAGAUAUAUGAAAAUUAAGUCUAAAUUAUUUUGCAUCAUGUUUGUAGCAGUUAAGGAAACCAGAUAAAAGAAAACAGUUCAUAUCUUCUUUUUAAAUGAAUAUUGGUUUUUUAUUUAGGUGUAACUGCCAGCAAUGGUGGUUUGCAGCCAUUUUGCCACUACUUUUUUGACACUUCUGUUGUUCUUUUCAACAAGUGGGAGAUAUUGUAGCUGUCAGAAAUUCCACAGAAUUACAACCACAAGGUUGACAUGAACGGUUUUUACCUCUCAGCUGCUCGUAAUUGUGGUCUGUAUGAUGUGAUGUGAGCAUGGCAACAUCCCUAAUACUACUGGACGGGAUGUUUAGGUAUGUACAAGUUAUUGCAGGUUGUUUUUUUUUUUAAUCACAGUGGUGAGUGUUUUCUAUUAUUCAAAUGUAGAGGAUUGUGUAGCCUUGACAGAGAAAUGUGCUCUCUCAGUGGAGCUUCAGGGCUUUAGCAUCCAACAGGUACACAGCCUGAUACACCAACAGCAAAAGGUUUUUGAAGGAAGAAUGUAGCCUUGUGUUACAUUCACCGACACCAUUUUUAAUUGCCUAAAAAAAAGAUGCUUACAGGAUUUGAAAAUAGAGGCUAUCUCUAGAGGAAUGGCUGGCAGUAGUAGUGACCAUAACUUAGCUUCAAGACCGGAGCACUCGCUGGCUUCUUUACUUUAAAUCACUGCACUUUUUUGAAGAUCCAUCAAUUUUGUCUUUUACCUUAAUCUUUUUCAUGGGCUGUCUUUGUGCAACCAGGCAAUGUUUGUUAGGUAUCAAAUGGACCAUAAAUUGUCACCCCUCUUUUUGCACACAUUAAACACAGGUAGAAAAUCUACCUAUAGCUCAGAGUACCACAGAAUCAGGCUGAACUCAUUCCAGCGCUCACCUGCACAUAGGCUCGGCGAGCGAUCGGCUCGACAGCUGACUGUGGUCUGUGUCCCCGGGAGGCAGAGGAAAAGAAAUAGAGUUUCUGUCUCUGUCAAAGAGAGAGGAGAGAGACAUGAAAGACGAAGCGGCAGGAGAGGAGAUGAAGAGAUUCGAACAGAGGAGGAAAACAACAGGGGUGCAGAGGGAGGGAAAGAGCAAGAAUGAGGGAAAAUCAAUGUCUGUAAGAGAGAACAAGACUAGGUCAAAACCUAGUAUGUGAAUGGACCUGGUAUGGUCAAUGUGUGAAAUUGUGGCCAAUUUGUUACAAGGACAGUCUGUGGUAGUGAAGUAGUAUCACAUGACAUGGUUAAGCUACAUUUGAGUAAA